AUGGAGGACUGUAGCGCAAAUACAGUUUCUCUCAGAGAAUUUGGUUGCGAGCAAAAUUUACUUUCUCGUCCUGACGGUUCGGCGUCUUUCGUACAAGGGGACACUAGUGUGCUGGCGGCAGUGUAUGGACCAGCUGAAGUCAAAGUCAGCAAGGAGAUUUAUGACCGGGCGACGCUGGAGGUGAUUAUACAAUCCAAAGUUGGACUUCCAAGUGUAAAGGAGCGAGCACAAGAACAGUGCGUACGGGAAAGCUGCGAAGCAGCUCUGUUGCUGUCCCUUCACCCUCGCUCGUCCCUCACGCUCGUCUUACAGGAGCUCCAUAAUGACGGCUCUCUGUUGUCCUGCUACCUGAACGCCGCCUGCAUGGCGAUGAUGGAUGCCAGCUUGCCCAUGAGCUGCCUGUUUUGCGGGGUUACCUGCGCCAUCCAAGCUGACGGCAAAAUCGUCACUGACCCGACUGCUGCUCAGGAAGCGGAGAGUCGAGCGCUGAUGACCUUCGCCAUUGACAGUAAAGAGCGUCAAGUGAUGAUGACCUCAACUAAAGGGUCGUUUUCAAUGCAAGAGAUGCAGCAGUGCAUCGCUGUCAGUCAAACAACGUCCGAGAAGAUCUUCAGCUUCCACAGAGAGUCUCUCAGGCGGCGCUACUCCAAAAGCGUCUGA